AUGGCUGCAGGAGGGGGGGGUGUUUCAGUCAUGCUGGUGGUGAUGCUCGUGCUCGUGCUGUCUGCGUGGUCCCGAGGCGGGGAUGCGCGUGUCCGGCUCAACUCCAUCAGGACGGUGAUCCUGAGGGACGGGCACGCGCUGCCGGUGAACCGGAGCGCGUGGGAGCCGAGUCUGGACCUGACGCUCUACCAGUGCAUGAGCGACCUGGAGUGCAGCGAGGGCAGCUAUUGCCACGCCCCCAGCAAAGGCCCCGCCCACUCACGGUGCCAGACCUGUCACAGGAGGAAGAAGCGCUGCCAUAGGGAUGGAAUGUGUUGCCCUGGCAACCGCUGCAGCAACAAUAUCUGUGUUCCUGACGUCGAUAGUUUUAUAGCUCAGACGAUCCCCGACUCUGACGGAGAUUUGAGUCUGCUGUCCAAAAAGAAAGGAUGGAAGAAGAGAGGACGAGUGGACAUGAAAGGGACGAGCGGUAAAGGUCAGGUCGGGGAUCCUUGUCUGCGUUCGUCCGACUGCUCGGACAGUUUGUGCUGCGCUCGCCACUUCUGGACCCGCAUCUGCAAGCCGGUGUUGCGAGAGGGACAAGUUUGCACGAGACACCGACGAAAACGGAACCACGGCCUGGAGCUGUUCCAGCGUUGCCCGUGUGCUGAUGGGCUGGGCUGCCGAACGCUGCGGGAGCCCGGCGCCAAGCCUUCAUCGUCGUUAUUGUCUUCCUCAUCAUCGCUCCUGGCGGCGGCGGCGAAGUCCAAGUUUGCAUCUGCUCCUUCCCGCCACUCGUCUCCACGCUCGCCCUUGUUGCCUUCGGCCUCUUUGUCGUCAACAAAGUCGUCGUCGUUGUCGCCGGUGGCAAAAACCAGACUUCAUGUUUGUCAGAAGGACUGA